AUGGAAGACGAAGAUGACGACGACGACGACGUCUUAAACUCCCACAUCCGUCCACAUGUCCUCAACGUCAUCGCCUCGGCGUUUUCCGCCUCGGGCUAUCGGGCUGCACUGCACUCUGACGCGCCCCCCCCAUUUCCAAACCAGCUCACGCCGCUAUCCCUUUCUGACUUCUCUCACAUGCCCGUCCCGGACGCCCCAUUUCUCCUCCCGUCGCGCCGAGUUGGCAUGCGUUCCGGCGACCUAUCCAACUUGUCGAGUCACUUUUUCCUCGACUCUUUCGAUUCCUUGCCCACCCGCAACUUUACCCAGCUCCUCUCCGCGAUAGGCGGCUCCAUCCGUCUGCGCCUGGACACCGUUGCCCCCUGGCAAGUCGAGCGCACGGACCCCUCCCUGCUCUUCACUUACGCCUCCCGCCUCUCCUCCGGCAUGCCCAUGUGCGAUUCCCGCGUCUUCGCCGCCGACCUGUCGCUCAGAGGUACCGCCUCGGCUAUCCAUCCCAUGCUGCUGCGUCCCCCGACACCCCCGGCGGGCCAGCACGUCGUCGACGCUACCCGCUCUUUGUUUUCCACCCUCACACGUGCCACUUCCGCGGAGCGUUCCCCGUUAAGACCUCUAUCCCACUCGACGCGCCAGCCACAAGUCCGAGUUUCUCAGGCAAUGACCGACGUUUCUGGCUACAUCACGGCUGCGGCUGCCGCCUCGGACGACCAAGACGCGUCGGAACGACCCCCCCCGCCUAUCGCUGUUUCCACACCCCAACUCCAAAUUGCACGCGCGGAACCCACACCUAUAGAAGUGUCAGCAGAUACCUCAAUGGCAUCUGGGUCAUCCGCUCCAUCGCGAGGCGGUGCCGGCCCAUCCUCUUCCGUAGCUACGGAGGACUCGGUAGAGGCUGCCGAGCCCUCUUCUGUCGCGGCCUCGCCCGCAGAUUCCGGCCUUGUCGCACCUCGCCGCGACACGGAAACUGCCCCGACGACGUCCGGUGCGAGAGCGCAUGGCACGGGCUCGUUAUCUAGUUCUCGCGAUCAAGUUGACUACCUUGCUGAGUGCGAUUUGGUGCGUUCUGUCGAGCCGAUGCAGAUGCCGGGUCCCUUGGACUUCUUCUCGGGCCAUGUGCCGCGCGGCGGGAGACAUUCGUAUGAUCGGCUCGCACAUUCGCGCGACCGAGAUCGAGACAAGAUUCCGAGCGGCGUGCUAAAGAGGUGGGUUUACGACCCGCCGUCAUUCGGCGGCGACAAUUUACCGGCCAUGUUCGGCAACGAUCUUGCUCACAGAAGUGGAAGGGGACACGGACGCUCACCGAAUCCAAACAUCCCUCUACUCGCUCCCGAGUCGCAUGAGGCUGUCAACACGCUGAGCACCAGGAUUAUGGGCCGGCUAGAAACUCUGCUUACGGAGAUGACGAAGAUUGAUGAGGAUGUCGCAGAGCGUGAGCGACGUGAAGAGGUAAAAAAGGAGACCGAGAAGGAGAAAGCGGAGGCAGAGAAAAAGAAGGCUGAGGAGGAAGAAGAGGCAAGAGAAGAAGAGACUUCACGAAGAGCAGCAGAACCAUCCAGCGAAGUUGCGCAGGCUCCCGCAAAUGAAGAGGUUGCGAUAGAUUCCAAUGAUGUCUCUGCGGUUGCAGCUCACCGUGCCGCUGCGGCAGGAAUUUCUUUGGACGCCCCAGCAAAUCGGAAUCCGGAGGUGGUGGAAGCGGCCAUCGCCAGUACUGGAAUUGACCCCGCCUACCUUGCCGCGCUUCCUGAUGAGAUGAGGGCAGAUAUCUUCAGUCGGGAGUACGAGCGGAUUUACUCUACCGCGAGGGAGGAGGCGGGCACCUCAUCCUCUCCAGCUUCUACUACAACCGUGCCUCAGGUGUUCUUGAUCGCGCUGCCACCGGCUUUGAGGGCUGAAGUCCUAGAGCUGGAAGUCCAGUUCCAGCAACGACAGCAGAAUGCAUCUGGGAGCAACGGGACUGGACCAGGGGCGAACGGAAAUAGGGAAGGGUCUGGACCGGCUGGUGCAGCUGAAAUGGAUAAUGCUACCUUCCUUGCGACUUUAGCGCCAGAGCUUCGGGCUGAUAUCCUUCGGACGUCGGCUGACGCAGAUAUUCAGUCGCUCCCUCCCAGCGCGGCAGCAGAGGCUCGAGAGCUGCGGGCGAGAGACUCCAACGCACGUAUGCUUUGGCCAGAAUCUGGCAUCCUCGGGUUUGAAGGCCGACGCUUUACCAACGGACUGCGCGGUCAUGGCCAGGGUCGGCACGGAAGCCGCUCAACACCAAAACAACCACCAGCGUAUCGCUGGAAGAAGGUUGAAUAUGGUUGGUUGCGAGAGAGUCCAAAGGCAGCGGACGAACCGACGUGUCCCCUUAAGGCAGAUGGACUCUCUGCUUUGAUUCAGAUGCAUCUGUUGCGACGCGGACAUUAUGGCAAGACAUCCCUGUAUCAUGUUUUUUCUCAGGCCUCAAAAAAUACGGAAGCCCGAGAACUUAUCUUGAAGCAGCUUGUCGAACUUCUCACCAGCAGCCUUUUUCAAGAUGCCCGACAACGAGAAAUUCAUGCCGACAAGCAUAUGGGGGAGGAUUUCUCCCGACAACAUGGGACGACAGCGAGACGCGCUUUGGAAAUGCUAACAUUGCUUUGCAAAAACGACCGCGUCGUUGCGGAAAAUCUCCUAGGACUGCCGAAAUCUAACCAAGAACUUGGGCUCAUCCCGAAGAAAAUCACAGAGAGCACUACAAUGAGCUACCACAACGGCAAUACCAGCCUUGCAACGCUUGUUUCACUCUUAGAUAACCCGCUCUUCGAACGGAGCCAGUCACAUAUGGAGCAGCUCGUGAGCUUGAUAAGCAUUCUUUGCUUGAAUUUACCGCCGGCGUUUUGUGACAACUCGGAUCCGAAACGGCCUGGGUCGCUGGCACGCCUCCGACGAUCGAUAUCUGAUUUGAAUGACGAUAUUCAUGAGUCAAUGACGGUACUGUUGGAUACUCACGAUGAUCCUCAAGGAAUCUAUCAUAUAGCCGACGAUGGUGAAGACGACGACGACGACGACGAUAGCGAGGAUGAUCAUGGUGUGUUCGAAUCUCCAGACAUUGAAAGACAGGAGCGUAGUUCGCGCACACGGUCGACAAGCAACGGCGAUGGUGCGAAGAAAGACAAGGAGUCAGUAGUUCACAUUCCCCCGCAGUAUCGCAUUCCCGCGUUUAAGAGAGAGGAUUUGGUACUCCUAACUAGGGUUCUUCUUCGUUCAGGAUGCAGUGAAAAGACGUAUGAGCGAGUCAGCCGUUCAAUAGGCAUCUUAGGCGAAUUGGUACCGAUCCGAAUAAUUUUUGUGGAGUCACUCGUUCAAAUUGCCGUUAACGCCGGACAAGCUGUCCAUGAAGAAUAUCUUCAGCUCAUUGAGGCGUUGGAGGCGGCGACAGGGCCCCAACCGAAGAGAAAGAAACGAGAUGUCAUUGCUUCAUUUUCGUCUGCGAGUACAGCUAACGAGCGAACGUUGUUGCGUGUCGUGGAGUCCUUAGCUGCUCUGUGGGAACACGAAGCUGAGGAGGCUGCGCCGAAGAAACCAGUUUCGAAGGCUGAGGAUAGCGACCAAGGAAACAACACAGAGUCAAAGAAAGAUGCCAUGGGAGAUUCUGACUCAACUCCGAGAGAAGCACGUAAGGAUACAGUUUCAACUCAGAGUCGCUUCCGUCCGACUAUGAUCAUAGGAUUGAAGGCUUUAUGGAGCUCCCUUGACAGAAUACUGGAGCUUACUUCGGAUGAGGGCGCGUUGAGAGAUGGCAAGGCUCAACCCUCGUCAUCUAGGUCCUCUCUAUCUCAGUCAACUGUAUUGAAUGUUGGCAGGAUGAAGUCGGCGGCCCGAACUAUAUCACCCAUAUUGGCUCGGCUGAGCGCAAUGAUAGAGGCGUUCUUGAUUACACAUACAGCUAAGGACCCCACGAAACCUGGUGAAAAUCUCCCUCCGCCAUCACCCCGCUCACCGGGCUCACCGACACUCGGAAGGAUACCAUCAAGUCCACGUGAUGCUACCUUCGCUCCCUCAGAUGGGGAUCUCGCAGCUUUUGUGGAGAGACACAGAGUACCAAUCAAUGCACUGUUGCAUGCUAAUCCGUCUCUGCUUGAAUCGUCAUUCAAAGGUGCUUUGCGUCAUCCCCAGGCGAUUGAUUUUGAUAACAAGAAGGCUUACUUUCGAAAUGUUAUCAAGAAACGCAGUUCUGAGGCCCACGCAGGAACCAUACGUCUCAAUGAUAUUCGCCGAGAGCGUGUAUUUGAUGACUCUUACACAAGGUUGCGGAAGCGCACGCCUGAAGAAAUGAAGGGAAGGUUGCAUGUGCAGUUCAAGGGAGAGGAGGGAGUGGAUGCCGGCGGGGUUACAAGGGAAUGGUACAUCGUUUUAGCAAGGCAAAUUUUUGACCCGAAUUAUGUCCUGUUUACGCGAUCAGCUGCAAAGGCUGCGACUUACCAGCCGGAUAAGCGCUCUUAUUUUCACUCUGAACACCUGGAGAACUUCCGAUUUGUGGGGAGGAUUAUUGGGAAAGCAAUCUACGAUGGACAGCUCUUGGAUGCGUACUUCACACGUUCAUUUUAUAAGCAUAUUCUUGGUUUGAAACCAACUUAUCAUGAUAUUGAGGCUCAAGACCCCGAGUAUUAUCGCUCUUUGAAAUGGAUGAUGGAGAAUGAUAUCACGGGUGUGUUAGAUUAUACCAUGAGUGCAGAAUAUGAUGAAUUUGGAAAGCAAUCGGUUGUCGAUCUGGUGCCAAAUGGAAGGGAAAUUCCAGUUACAGAGGAGAAUAAGGGUGAAUAUGUACGGUUGGUGACGGAAGUGCGUAUGACAAAGACGAUCGAGAAGCAGAUUGAAGCUUUCAAAAAGGGAUUCUACGAGCUCAUUCCCUGCGACGACAUUAAGAUCUUUAACGAGCUGGAACUAGAACUACUCAUGUCGGGGUUGCCAGACAUUGACAUGGCUGAUUUGAAAGCGAAUGUGGAAUAUACAGGCUACACUGCCUCAUCACCGCAGGUCACAUGGUUCUGGAGAUGUGUUUCUAACAUGGAUCAAGAAGACCUGGCGCGUCUCGUGAUGUUUGUGACAGGAACCAGCAAAGUGCCCUUGGAGGGCUUUGGGACGCUUCAGGGUAUGAAUGGGCUGCAAAAGUUCCAGAUUCACCGUGUUUCCGGGAACACAAUGCGCCUUCCCUCGGCUCACACUUGCUUCAAUCAAAUGGAUUUGCCAGAGUAUAGCAGCGCAGAGAUUUUGUCAGAGAGAUUGCUUCGCGCAGUUCGGGAAUGCAGCGUUGGGUUUGGAUUUGCAUAGGGCGGAAACGAGUCGUGAAGGCAGGAAGGUUGAUGGAAACUGCAAUGACUGUGCACGCUCUACGUGGAUAAUUGCUGUGGUCAGCGCAGCAUGUUGCUGGCGAUGUGCAUAGUCUGAUGGGGAAAGAUACCAAUAACUAUGGGAAAGCAGGUGAAGAUUAUCCGACGACAGUCGGGCUUAGCGUGUACGUGACGAGGAGUUUGGAGACGUGGUCGAAAGUUGAUUUGCCGUUGCAGACACCCGGGUGCACGGUGCUGAUGCAAUAUCGCAGACUCUUUAACUGGAUGACUACAGGACACGGCCCUUAAUGAAGAUGGUAAACUAUUUAUUAUGCUUGCAAUAUAUUUGCGUAGACACACGGAAACAGGGGAACGAUGUCUGACAAUGCGAACAUGGCUGUUUAUCGGCGCAAUAGGCGGAUGAAUUGAUCUGGGUUGGAUGCAAGUAUGCAGUAUCAUAGAGAGCAAUACCCAGAGGCGUUGACGUUG